UUGCCAAUGAGACCUUCUGGCGGGGUCGCGGUGGGCAGGCCUUGUCCCCUCCAGUAUAAGGCGGUCCCGGGGGUAGUAAGAGAGGAGAAAGGGGGGGGUGUCGGUGGCCGGAGGAGGAGUAGGUGUGGGUGAAGAUGGCGGCAGCCGAGGCCGCGAACUGCAUCAUGGAGAACUUUGUAGCCACCUUGGCUAAUGGGAUGAGCCUCCAGCCGCCUCUUGAAGAAGUUUCUUGUGGCCAGGCGGAAAGCAGCGAGAAGCCCAACGCCGAGGACAUGACGUCCAAAGACUACUACUUUGACUCCUAUGCCCACUUCGGCAUCCACGAGGAGAUGCUGAAGGAUGAGGUGCGCACCCUCACGUACCGCAACUCCAUGUUUCACAACCGGCACCUCUUCAAGGACAAGGUGGUGCUGGACGUGGGCUCGGGCACAGGGAUCCUCUGCAUGUUCGCUGCCAAGGCAGGGGCUCGAAAGGUCAUCGGGAUCGAGUGCUCCAGUAUCUCUGACUAUGCAGUGAAGAUUGUCAAAGCCAACAAAUUAGACCACGUGGUGACCAUCAUCAAGGGGAAGGUGGAGGAGGUGGAGCUGCCCGUGGAGAAGGUGGACAUUGUCAUCAGCGAGUGGAUGGGGUACUGCUUGUUCUACGAGUCCAUGCUCAACACGGUGCUCUACGCCCGCGACAAGUGGCUGGCGCCUGAUGGCCUCAUCUUCCCAGACCGGGCCACCCUGUAUGUGACAGCCAUUGAGGACAGGCAGUACAAAGACUACAAGAUCCACUGGUGGGAGAACGUGUACGGUUUUGACAUGUCUUGCAUCAAAGACGUGGCCAUCAAGGAGCCCCUGGUAGAUGUGGUGGACCCCAAACAGCUGGUCACCAACGCCUGCCUCAUAAAGGAGGUGGACAUCUACACCGUCAAGGUAGAAGACCUGACCUUCACCUCGCCCUUCUGCUUGCAAGUGAAGCGGAAUGACUAUGUGCACGCUCUGGUGGCCUACUUCAACAUCGAGUUCACGCGCUGCCACAAGAGGACUGGCUUCUCCACCAGCCCCGAGUCCCCGUACACUCACUGGAAGCAGACGGUGUUCUACAUGGAGGACUACCUGACGGUGAAGACAGGCGAGGAGAUCUUUGGCACCAUUGGCAUGCGGCCCAACGCCAAGAACAACCGUGACCUGGACUUUACCAUCGACCUGGACUUCAAGGGGCAGCUGUGCGAGCUGUCCUGCUCCACGGACUACCGGAUGCGCUGAGGCGGGGCCUGGCCUCCUCCCGCCCCAGCCUGGCUGGCCCUGCAGGGUCCAGAGGCUGUGGCAUUCUUAGGCGGUUUCAGGGUCCCCUUAUCCUCUGCCACCGAGGGGGGUUUUAGGGGCCUGGGCUGGGGGGAUGGGGAGGGUACAUUGUGACUGUGUUUUUCAUAACUUAUGUUUUUAUAUGGUUGCAUUUACGCCAAUAAACCUUCAG